AUGCCUCCCUGUGCUAGCCAGAAGAAAACAAAGUGUAAAGCUGUGGAUUCUGAUGGUCAAGCAAACUCUGCAAAGAAGUCGCGUGCAGGGGCCCAGGCAUCUGUGGUGUUGCAGGAGCCAAUUCUUGCAGAAAAACCAUCAGUUCGACAUUCUGGGCGUCCUAGGGCAGGAAAAGGAGGUAGGGCAGAGCAGCUGGAAAAAAUUGGUGCUCUCUUGGAUGCCCCCACAUGGACUACUCAGCCCAAGGGCUCCACCUCCCUUGACUUAGAUGUACCAACCAAUCUUCUUGCACUCAAACUGUCUCAUAAGGGUCGUGGCAGUUGCUCAAAGGCAAGUCUGUUUUUAUUGAUCUUAGAUGCUAAUGUUGAAUACAGACAGAAACCUCCUCCGCCAUAUACCAUCUUUGUUAUGCACUCAAAUAGAUCUGUUAGACAGAGCCCUAAGAGGGGCGUCGUCCGCUAA